AUGCGGGCCGUGGGCCCGGCACCGGGAGGCGGCUCCGCUCCCGCUCCCCAGCUGCCGCGGGGGGGCCGGGCUCGGGGCCGGGGCCGGGGCUUCGGCUUCCGCCGGGCGCGGGCGUCCUUCGUGGACGAGUCGCUCUUCGGCAGCCCCGCGGGGGCCCGUCCGGCGCCGCCCGGCUUCGCGCCUCCCUGGGCGGCGGCGGCGGCGGCUGCCGGUGGCGGCCCGCGGCCGGGGAGUAAGUGCAGGUUGCGAAGUCACACCCCGUCCUACUGCGACGAGUCCCUGUUCGGUGCCAAGCCCGAGGGUCCAGCCUGGGCAGCUCCUUGGAUGAGGAAAGAAGAUGUAGCCAAGCUCCAUCCGCUGCUCUGGAGCCCUCCGCCUGCCCCCCGAAACCAGCCCAGCCUUUCCCCCCGCUCCAGGGAGACGCCCUUGAGAGCCGUCCACCUGCGAGCCCCUGCGUCUCUGGCAGCGGCAGGCUUUGAGGUGGGCCGUAAGAGCAAGUCCUGCGUCUGGAAGCGUCCUGAGAGUGAUUUGGGCUCCGAAGGCCGGGGUGCUCCAGGCAGAGGACGUUCCCAGUCUCUCAGCCAGCUGAGCACCCCCUCAGACAGGCUCUGCCUGGCUUCAGACAACCCCAAGACAGAAAGGUGUAAAAAUCGGAGCCCUCCAACAGCCCCUGUGACCCCACAAGGCCCUCUGAUGAGGGGUCGAUCAAAAAGCACAUCCGGACCUUCUUUGGCCAUGAACUCCAAGGCAGCGGCCAGUUGCAAACCCAGGCCUCCCUGGAAGUGAAGUCAAAUGUCCCUCGACGUAAACACAGCCUUAACUUCCCCGAGGUGGGGCCUGACCUGGUGAGCGAGUCCACGAGGACCCUGGGGCCUCCCCGGCUGUGAACG